CAUUAUUUUGAAGCUUUUAAAAAACAUGAAAACGUAUUUCGUCUCUGAGCUUCUAAGCUUCACCUUCCUCAAUCACAAGUAUAUACUGGAUUUGCUCAUGAGAGCUCAGUCAAUCAACUGAGCUUCUGAGCUUCACCUUCCUCAAUCAACAGAGCUCAGGGCGAUUUCUAUUAUUAAGGGCAAUGAUCGAGCAAGACAAAUUGCUAUAGUGCUAUAUUGAGUCAGAACAAGGCCUUGUCACAAACGUAUUCCAAUUGACUCAGAACUUCGGAAGUCAUGCUGGUGUAUUGAACUUAGCUCAGAGUGUUACCAACCUUCUAUAUCAUUUCUUUCCACUCUCAAUUGAUGUAUUGAACCCAGAGACAAGUCUGAUUAAUGGGGAAACUCCACUGUUGGUUGAAGUCAUGGCGAAAAUAAGUUUGGUUCUAUGUUCUGUAAUGGUGGAGAUGGUGGGAAAUUUGUUGGCUUUGGAGCUGAGCAAGCCAUCUUAGUAAGAGACGAUAACAUAAAGAAUGAGCUUUUAAAGUAUGUUGGAAAGCAUGCUCUUGUUCUAACAAUAUCAGAGUGUAAAGGCCUUGAGUUUCAGGAUGUGUUGCUUUAUAACUUUCUUUCUUCAUCACCAAUCAAAAAUCAAUGGAGAGUUAUAUACGAGUUUAUGAAGGAGAACAAUAUAAUUUUACAUGAAGUUCCUACAUCUUUCCCUAGUGUCAAUGAGGCCAAGCACCGCCUUCUGUGUUCUGAGAUAAAGCAACUAUAUGUUGCUGUUACUCGUACAAGGCAAAGGUUGUGGAUUUUUGAGAAUGAGCUCUCACAUCCCAUGUGUGACUAUUGGAAGGAACAAAACAUUGUUGAAGUUAGAGGGCUUGAUAAUUGUCUCAUUAAGGAGAUCCAAGUUGCAAGCAGCGUAGAAGAGUGGAGGUCACGAGGCAUGAAGUUUUUUUAUGCACAAAAUUAUGGGCCUGCCAGAAUGUGCUUUGGUAGAGCAGGAGAAGAAUUCUGGGAAAAAAGUGCUGAAGCGGCUGAGCUUCGCACGGUUGCUUUGUGUAUGAGUGGUUCAAAUACUAAACUGGUUGAUACAUAUCUCAGAAGGGCUGCUGAAAUAUUUGAUUGCAUUUGUAUAUAUGAACAAGCUGCUCAAUGUUAUUAUGCUGCAAAAGAAUACAUAAAAGCAGGUAUUUAUUUACUAUAAUACACAAAGAUAUAUUGCUAAUUUAUGUCCUUUCAAAUUUCAGUUUAGUACUUGCUUUGUCUUCUUUUGUUGGGGGCUAGUUAUUUUAGCAUUCUUUUUGAUAUCAUAAUUAUUCUGAGUACUGACACUAUGCAACUUUGAGGUUGUCAAGGCAGUCUUUCAUAUAGCUUUAUGUCAUUGGCACUUGUGGAACCAACAUAUAUUGAUAGAUAGAUACAAGUAGGAGCAUUUUAUAAAUUGUGAAUUUGUGAUGAUACUUGGAAUAACCCUUCUGUUUUGAUGGAAAGCUCCCCCAACCUUUUGAAUGAAUUUAGCAAGCUUUAAAUUGGUGUUUUUAUCUGCUAUGUAAAGAGAUCCUUCAUUACUAGUUCUGUGAUAUAUUUCUGCGCAUGUUCCAAUUGAUGAACAAAUACCAUAUCGAGGUCGAAAAGUGGAUACAACUCAGAACGUUAUGUGUGUAUGUUCAUUUGACAUGAGUUCACAUACGUUGUUCCUGGAUGGGAAGGAUCAGCUAAUGAUGCACGGAUUCUUCUAGAAUGUGCCACAAACGCAGAUUAUGGAUUUCCAAUGCCGCCCCAAGGAAAAUAUUAUCUUGUUGAUUCUGGCUAUACAAACAUGCUUGGUUUUCUUUCACCAUAUCGAGGAGAAAGGUAUCAUUUGGGCCAGUACACAGAUCUUAAUCCCAUAGGCAAAAAAGAGCUUUUCAAUUAUCGACACUCUUCCUUGAGAAAUGUCAUUGAGCGGUGUUCCGGCGUGUUGAAGGCUCGCUUUCCAAUCCUAAAACAAAUGCCUUCAUAUGAUCUAAGAAUACAAAAGUACAUUAUCAUUGCUUGCUGCGAGAUUCACAAUUUUAUAAGGACAAAUGCAGAAGCAGAUGUAUAUUUUGAUGGAGGUGAAGGAAAUUCUGAAGUACAGGCCACUACUUUACAAAGCGCGGAUGGAACUUUGAUUGAUAGUGUAGAGUUCAGUAUUUCUAGAACUCAUAUACGGGAAAUGGCUCAUGUUCGUGAUGAAAUUGCUGAUCAUAUAUGGAGAGCUAGUCGACGAUAGUGAGAUUGAGUAAAUACAUUAGUUGAUUGUUAUGACUCGUUUAAUACUUUACUUAAGUUUGGACAAUUAUCAGUUCAUACGUUUUUUAUUUUACUAUGUAAACUUUCUUGGAUAGAUAUUAAGUUUUGAAAUUUGAGAUUACUUAGAUAUUAUUAAUAUGAUCUUUUUUUACUAUAA